GACUCCGCCCCCCGUCCCCCCACCUUCAUACAUGACACAAACACACCCUGAGCAAAAAAGGACUUAAAGCUCUGUCACACACUUCUCUGUGUCCCACAAUGCAUCAGGCAGGCGAUCAGUGAGGAAAUGUGAGAGGAUGAAAACAUCAGUCACCUCAUCCCCGGCUGCACAUGACUGGACGCUGUAAACAGAGAUGGACAAAACACCAGUGAGGCUCGUCUGUUAGUGUGUGUGUGUGUGUGAGGAGAUGAGAUCUUAGUGGACACCAACCAGUGGAUCACAGCCAGAUGGAGGGAGAACCAGCAUGUAUGAGAGGAGGAAAGAGGAGUGAGGGAGUGUGUUCGAGGGAGGAGAGGAAGAGGAGGAAGACGUCCUCGUCUGUGUCCACUGUCUCCCACGAUGACCACAGUUCACUAGCCAGUGGUCUGGAUGUGGCUGACCGGCUGACCUACCUGGAGCAGAGGAUGCAGAUGCAGGAGGAUGAAAUCCAGCUGUUGAAGAUGGCUCUGGCUGAUGUCCUCAAGAGACUCAACAUCUCUGAGGAGCACCAGGCAGCUUCUGCCUCUGCUGCUGCCAGGAAAGCACCCGGCGCUAAAGCCAGGCCAGUAUCUCUGGCUCUGCCCUCUAGACCGCCCAUGGUGACCCACAGCUCUGCCUCCCUGAAGAAGAGCACCACACUGCCCUCCAGCCCUACAGCCAGGAACUACAGCCCGGUACCACCUCGCAGUGGUGUGAGGAGUCCAGCAGGCAGUGUGAAGGACAGUGCAUGUAAAACUGCCAAGACACGACCCACAUCUGCAGCAUCCACGUGUAAAAAAGCCCACGAAGGCAGCAAGUCCAAGGAGGCUGCAGGAAGUGCAGGGUCAAGGCGUGUGACACACUGCAAAGUGACUAUGCAGAUCUAUCUGAGCCCCCAAGCAAGAAAGACUGGGUCUUCUGAGACCGCCAAAUCCACGUCGGCGGUGCCGGCAAACAGCCGCCCAGCAGCCGCUACCAACACCGCCGCACAGGUGAAGGAGAAACUGAGCAAGAAGGAGACGAGGAGGUCACCACCGUCCUUGACCUUGAACCUGAAGAAAUCCACCCACAGUCACUCCACACAGCAGGAAACGUCCAGCUACAGGAGCCCCAUCAAGUCGCCCAGCCACUACUUUCAGAUUUGUUACUAAGUAAACACAGAUUUGCCCCCGACACAGAGUUUGUGAACCCAAACUAAAGUGAAACAAAGCUGCAAAUGCAUCAUUUAUUCCACUGUUGAAUAAACAAGGCUCUGCGUUGAAGUCAGUGAUGAAGGAGCUGCCUCUCUCACUGCAGGGACUGUUGUUGUUUUUCCUCUAGGGGUCACUCUGACUUUGUUGUGUUUGGGUACAAACAUGAGCACUUACAACAUUUCAAAGCACUUCCAUUUUUAAAAGAAAAAAUAAGUCCAGUGUUUUAUGGCAUUCAUAUAUUUUUUAUAAAUAUUUAUUUGAGGAAUAGUGUGAAAGCUUUAAAGGUCCAGUGUGUACCAUUUAGGAUGUUUUUUUUUGACUGAAAUUGAAUUUACUAUUCUACAUGUAUUUGUAUUAAUGUAUACUUUUUUCAUAGCCUUAGAAUAAACCUUUUGUUUGUACUUAAACCAUGUUUUUUACAGCAGAACCACAUACUUAUUGGUAUGUAAAGGCCACCGUAGUUCCCUGACGUGCUGGAGAAAGAGAGGCGUGAGCACAUGAGUCCUGUAUUUGUUGCAGUCUGCAGUCUGACCAUUAGAUGUCACUAAUUCUCACUCACUGGACCUUUAUGAGUUUUUUUUAGACCACAUAGAUCCUUUUCUCACAUGCUAGUACUUGCAUCUUGUUUCAGUGAAUGCCUGUGUUCGCUGUAAACAGGCUGACUGUGUGUGUGUGUGUGUGUGGAUGUGUAGUAGACUGUAGUGAUGUGUGAGGGAAACGUGUUUGAUGUGGGUGUGUGUGUGUGUGUGUGUGUGCGUGUCUCCAGAUCUGUUUGCUGUGAUGGUUCAAGUUUUUGUAGUAGAUGCCAGUAGUUGGGGGCGAAAAAAAACAAUAAACAACUUGUGUUCUGA